AUGUCCGGGCGGGCCCUAGCGUCACAGAGGGCGUGCUCCCGCUUCACCCCGGUUGCAAAGCGGCCACAUCUCUCUCUCUUUCCCCCUUUUUUACGUCGAAAUCAGCUGGGCGGCCGCAGGGAGCGACAAGAUCCGCUAGCAACCGCCUGCCUGCCUGCGUCGCUUGGAGAGCAGCUCGCUGGCCGUGCGCGCCUGCCUGGUGCGGAGCGAAAACCUGCCGACCCCAGUGCAAUCCACGCCAGGGGCGCGCGGGGCCGGGGACAGCCAGCGCGCAGUUGGAUGUGGGGUCCAGAGUCGCCAAACGCGGACUCCGCCUCCAGCCGGAGCCCCCAUCCAUCUUCCAGCAGCAACGCCAUCCCAGCCGACAGCCUCCAGGCUCCCAUCGCUGGAGGAGGCGGCCUGCAGACUCCCUCCAGCUUGUCCGACAGCCUCGACUCCCUUUCCCCGAAGCCCAACAGCCUCCAAGCCCCUUCCAGCCCAGGGAGCGCUCUGGGUUCCUCCAGUAUCCAGAGCGACAGCCUCGAUUCCCUGUCCGGCUACCCAGACAGUUUGGCAUCUUUCAGCUUCCUGCAAGACAGCCUCAACCAGGGUGACAGCCUCGACUCUCUCAACCUCUACCGCAGCAGCCUCCGGCCUGUCUUCAGCCUCUGCGACAGCCUCGACACGUCCAGCGUCCAGAGAGACAGCCUCCAGUCGGUGACCAGCGUUUGCGACAGCACCCAGGCCUCCAGCAUCCAGUGCGACAGCCUCGACUCGCCCUGCAGCCUGUGCGACAGCCUCGAGACGCCUGUCACUCAGCAUCAUUGCCCUGGGUCCUUCAGCGUCUGAAGGCUUCCUAUCACUAAGUGCCACCUCCCCAGAAGCCGCUAAUUGCUCCUUAAAAAGCAACCACUGGGCCCUGCCGAUCAGUGUGUCUCUCUGCCUGGAGCCUUCUCCAUGUCUCGGGAGAAGCUGUCGGCAGGAGGGUCGCUGCCUGCUCAAGCAGCUCGGCCGCCCGAGCACAUGGUGCCAAGGGCCCCUCGGAGGACUCCCAGCUACCUCUCUGACCUCUACCAGAACAUGCUGCGGGAAGAAGAGGCCCGGAACACAGAGAGGAGGCGGUACCAGCAUGGCGGCAGCACCACCAGUCUCCCAAGUGUCUCCAUCUCCGAGGAGACGCAGCAGAAGCAUCCUCAGAGCGCCACGGUAGCAAGCUGCGACCCGCACCUUAGGCCCAUCAUGCGCCGGCGGGCCAGGUCCUUGCCCAGCUCUCCGGAGAGGAGGAGGAGUAUGAUGGCUCCGUGCCGCGUCCCGGGGUGCAGCACCCGCCGGAACAAAGUCCGCUUUGCCGACGCUCUGGGCCUGGAUCUGGCGGAGGUGAAAGUGUUCCAGGUGGGGGAAGAUCCCUCCAUCCCUCUGCACGUUCUCUCCAGGCUGUCCAUCAAUUCCGACCUUUGCUGCAGCAGGCUGGACCUGGAGUUCACCAUGCAGUGCCUGGUGCCUGACUUCCAGCAGCCUGCGGACUGCGAGGACUUCCACAGCCGCCUGCAGCGGCAGCUGGUGUGCCUUGAGAGGGUGACCAGCUCAGAUCUGGGUCUGAACGGCACCGUCCAAGUGGUGAACCUGGCCUUUGAGAAACAGGUAGCUGUGAGAUACACCUUCAACCGUUGGAGGGGUCAGCACGAAGUCAGUGCCCAGUGGCACAGCAGCGUUCCUGGGAAGGAGGGUCAGGCCCAGGCGGAUGUCUUCACUUUCUUCCUCCCCGUGGCGCCGUUCCUCCUCCAGCUGAGCUCAGUGGUUGAGUUUGCAGUGCUGUACCGAGUCAACGGGCAGGAGUACUGGGAUAACAACCGAGGGAAGAACUUCGCCCUCACCUGUCGGAGUCACGAACUCAAGAUGCCCAGGGAAUGCGAAGAGAGCUGGAUUCACUUCAUCUAA